CCGCAAUAUGUCAAAAAAUUGGAUGACGUCUGCAUUUGGGUGUGGGCACAGUGUCUAAAUAUAUUUUAUAUUGCAAAUUAAUAAAGAAGAAGUGCAUUGAUAGUUUUAAAGUAAACGUGAUGUUUUCCUAAAUUUUGAGUUCAUUAAACUGUUAUUACAAUGGGAGAUUCGUUAGAUGGGAGCGGUGAUACCACCGCUGCCUCUGAAAAUGUUCCUAUUGUUGAGUUCUCAGCGUUCAUAAGUUACUUGAAGAAAGCUGUUUUUAUUCAUUUGCCUGAGGAAGAAGACUCGUCUCCGGCUUUAAAUAAUGCACUUAACGAUCGAAAUAAUCAAGAGUGUAUUCAAAAAUUUUUAAGUGACCCGCAAACUCAAAGUUUAUUUAUCCAGCGCAACUCUUCUAAAGAUGAGGACUCUGAUCAGGCUGCGGAGAGCGAUGAGGAAAAGGAUUCCAUCACGUAUCUUAUUUCCAAUGAAGUCCAUUUUACCAAUCCCAAAAUGUCAAGUCUGGUGUGCACGAAAAGAGGCGCCGUUGUGGAAGCCGACAAAAGCAUCAACAGCCAGGUGCGACUCAUCAACUUCAGUGAAGGAUCGCCGUACGAAACUCUGCAUGCCUUCGUCAGCAAGGCCAUCGCGCCCUUUUUCAAGUCCUACGUCAAGGAGUCAGGCCGUGCGGACAGAGACGGGGACAAAAUGGCUCCGUCGGUGGAGAAGAAGAUGGCGGAGCUGGAGAUGGGGUUGCUGCACCUGCAGCAGAACAUAGACAUCCCGGAGAUCACCCUGCAGGUGCACCCGGCGGUCGUGGCGGUGAUCAAGCGCUGCCUCGAGGACGGGCGGAAGCCCAAGGUCGCCGACCUGGGCGACAAGGUCGAGGACUCCACCUUCCUCAACCAGCUGCAGACCGGCGUGAACCGGUGGAUCAAGGAGAUACAGAAGGUCACAAAGUUGGACAGAGAUCCCUCAUCUGGCACGGCACUUCAAGAGAUUAGUUUCUGGUUGAAUCUGGAGAGAGCUCUGCACAGAAUACAAGAGAAAAGAGAGAGUAUUGAGGUGGCCUUGACAUUGGAUAUCUUGAAACAUGGAAAAAGAUUCCACGCUACUGUCAGUUUUGACACUGACACUGGUCUGAAACAGGCCUUAGCCACGGUGAAUGACUACAACCCGCUGAUGAAAGACUUCCCUAUCAACGACUUGCUUUCUGCAACUGAGCUGGACAGAAUUCGCUCGGCGGUGCAGCUGAUCUUCGCUCACUUGAGGAAGAUACGGACCACCAAGUACCCCAUCCAGCGCGCGCUGCGUCUCGUAGAGGCCAUUUCGCGCGACCUGGGAUCACAACUGCUCAAGGUUCUUGGAACACGUCGGCUGAUGCACAUCCCCUUCGAUGAGUUUGAAAAAGUGAUGACUCAGUGUUUCGACGUGUUCACCUCGUGGGAUGAUGAGUAUGACAAACUGCAAGGUCUACUCAGGGACGUGGUGAAGAAGAAGCGGGACGAGCACGUGAAGCUGGUGUGGCGCAUCUCGCCGGCCCACAAGCGUCUGCAGACGCGCAUGGAGCACAUGCGCCGGUUCCGGCGCCAGCACGAGCAGCUUCGCACGGUGAUAGUGCGCGUGCUGCGCCCCACCGUGCUGUCGGCCAUCGCCCAGCAGCAGCAGCAGCAGCAGGCCGUGUCGGCGGCCGGCCGGGAGGACCCCGGGGAGGCCAGGCCCAGUGCCCUGUCCUUGGAGGCCGCCGAUGCCAACGCCAUAGAGGAAGUGAACCUGGCCUAUGAGAACGUGAAGGAAGUGGACUGCCUGGACAUAUCUCGGGAGGGCCUGGAAGCGUGGGACGCGGCCGUGAAGCGCUACGAGGACCGCAUCGACCGGGUGGAGACGCGCAUCACGGCCCACCUGCGCGACCAGCUCGGGACGGCGAGGAACGCCAACGAGAUGUUCAGGAUCUUCUCGAGGUUCAACGCCCUGUUCGUGAGGCCGCACAUCCGCGGCGCCAUCAGGGAGUACCAGACGCAGCUCAUCCAGAGGGUGAAGGACGACAUAGAGGCGCUGCACGAGAAGUUCAAGGUCCAGUACCCGCAGAGCAAGUCCUUCCGCAUGAGCACGGUCAGGGACCUGCCUCCCGUCGCCGGUUCUAUCAUCUGGGCGAAGCAGAUCGACCGGCAGCUGACAGCGUACCUUCGGAGAGUGGAAGACGUUCUAGGCAAAGGCUGGGAAAACCACAUCGAAGGACAGAAGCUGAAGGCAGAUGGCGACAGCUUCCGCCUGAAACUGAACACCCAGGAGAUCUUCGACGACUGGGCCCGGAAGGUGCAGCAGAGGAACUUGGGUGUCACCGGCCGUAUCUUCGCCAUCGAAAGCCAGCGCUCCAGGACUGGCCGGGGAAACAUGCUCAAGUUGAAAGUGAACUUUCUCCCGGAGAUCAUAACACUUUCUAAAGAGGUGCGCAACUUGAAAAACCUUGGGUUCAGAGUGCCGCUGGCCAUCGUCAAUAAGGCUCAUCAGGCCAACCAGCUGUACCCAUUUGCCAUCUCUCUCAUCGAAAGUGUCCGUACUUACGAGAGGACCUUGGAGAAGAUUGAAGACAAGGCAAGCAUUAUUCCAUUGGUGGCAGGAAUGCGCAGAGAAGUUCAAAUGCUUGUUGCAGAGGGCAUGCAGCUGAUCUGGGAGAGCUACAAGCUGGACCCGUACGUCCAGCGCCUCGCCGAGCUGGUGCUCGGCUUCCAGGAGCGCGUGGAGGACCUGCUGGUGGUGGAGGAGCAGCUGGACGUGGACGUGCGCUCUCUGGAGACCUGCCCCUACUCCGCGCACACCUUCGCCGACGUGCUGGCCAAGGUGCAGCGCGCCGUGGACGAGCUCAGCCUGCGCCAGUACUCCAACCUGCACGUCUGGGUCGCCCGCCUCGACGAGGAGGUGGAGAAGAACCUCGCCGCUCGCCUGCAGGCCGGCAUCCAAGCGUGGACCAACGCGCUCAACGGGAAGAAGAAGGAAGUGGACCUGAGCAUGGACACCGACGCCCCGGUCCAGCCCACGCACAAGCCGGGCGGCGACCCCCAGAUCCAGAUAGUGGUCCACGAGGUGCGCAUCACCAACCAGACCAUGUACCUGUUCCCCAGCAUCGAGGAGGCGAGGUUCCAGAUCAUGCAGCAGCUGUUCGCCUGGCAGGCCAUCGUGACGUCGCAGACGCGGCUCCAGAGCUCUCGCUACCAGGUCGGGCUGGACCGCCCCACCUCCCAGACGUACCGCAACCUGCUGUCCAAGCUGCCCCUGGGCAUCGCCGCCUUGGAGUCCGCCUACGAGGCCAUGGACAACAAGAUCAAGGAGAUUACGAAAUACGUCUCCAAAUGGUUGUGCUACCAGUCUUUGUGGGAUCUGCAGCCAGACCAGCUGUAUGGCCGACUAGGGGAUGAUAUAAACUUGUGGAUGAAAUGUCUUGCAGAUAUCAAAGUUACGCGAGCUACUUUCGACACAACAGAAACAAGAAGUGAAUUUGGUCCAGUGGUGAUCGACUAUGCUAAGGUUCAAAGUAAAGUUUCUUUGAAAUACGACUCCUGGCACAAGGAGACGCUCAGCAAAUUUGGUUCUCUGUUGGGCAAUGAAAUGGCGCAGUUUCACACUCAGGUUUCGAAGUCUCGUAGUGAGCUCGAACAGCAAUCUAUCGAAGCAGCGAGUACUUCAGAUGCAGUCACAUUCAUAACUUAUGUGCAGUCACUUAAGAGGAAGAUGAAGAAUUGGGAGAAAGAAGUGGAGAUGUAUAGAGAAGGACAACGUAUUCUAGAAAGACAGAGGUUCCAGUUCCCCAGCCAGUGGCUUCACGUGGACAACAUUGAGGGUGAAUGGAGCGCAUUUAAUGAGAUCAUCAAGCGAAAGGAUUCAUCUAUUCAAACUCAGGUGGCCAGCCUGCAGAUGAAGAUAGUGACGGAGGACAAAGCCGUGGAAACACGCACCAACGACUUCCUGAACGACUGGGAGCACAGCAAACCGGUGGAGGGCCACCUGAGGCCGGACGAGGCGUUGCAGCACUUGCAGCUGUACGAGAGCAAGUUCUCUCGUCUCAAAGAGGAACGUGACAACGUGGCCAAAGCGAAAGAGGCGCUCGAACUGCAAGAGCCCGGCGGAGUGAGCACGAGCGAAGACAGGAUGCAGGUUGUGUUCGAAGAGCUGCAGGACCUGAAAGGGGUGUGGUCGGAGCUGUCGCGCAUUUGGGCGCAGAUAGACGAGAUCCGGGAGAAGCCGUGGCUGUCCGUCCAGCCGAGGAAGCUUCGCCAGCAGCUGGACACGCUGAUGGCACAGUUGAAGGAACUCCCGGCCAGGCUGAGGCAGUACUCGUCGUACGAGUACGUCAAGAAAUUGUUGCAAGGCUACACGAAAGUGAACAUGAUGAUUGUGGAGCUGAAGUCGGAUGCUCUGAAGGAGCGCCACUGGAAGCAGCUCAUGAAGCAGCUGAGGGUGAACUGGGUUUUGUCGGACCUGACACUAGGCCAAGUGUGGGACGUCAACCUGCAGAAGAACGAGUCCACCGUCAAGGAGAUCAUCGUCGUGGCCCAGGGAGAGAUGGCGCUCGAAGAGUUCUUGAAGCAGGUGCGUGAGUCAUGGCAGAACUAUGAGCUCGAUCUCAUCGACUACCAGAAGAAGACGCGUUUGAUUCGUGGUUGGGAUGACCUCUUCAACAAAGUGAAAGAGCACAUCAACUCCGUGGCAGCCAUGAAACUUUCACCGUACUACAAGGUGUUUGAAGAGGAAGCUCUGACGUGGGAAGAGAAACUCAAUCGCAUCAAUGCGUUGUUCGACGUCUGGAUCGACGUGCAGAGGCGAUGGGUGUACUUGGAGGGCAUAUUCUCUGGAAGUGCUGACAUCAAGGUGCUCCUGCCUGUUGAGACAUCGCGUUUCCAGAGCAUCAGCUCCGAGUUUCUUGGCCUGAUGAAAAAAGUAAACAAGUCUCCAAUGGUGAUGGACGUGUUGAACAUUCCUGGCGUGCAGCGUUCGUUGGAGCGUUUGGCCGAUCUGCUCGGCAAGAUUCAGAAGGCGCUGGGCGAAUACCUGGAGCGAGAAAGGACGUCGUUCCCGAGGUUUUACUUUGUUGGUGAUGAGGACUUGCUGGAAAUCAUUGGCAACAGUAAGAACGUGGCACGCUUGCAGAAGCACUUCAAGAAAAUGUUUGCAGGCGUCACUGCAAUCAUACUUAACGAGGACAACACUGUUAUCACUGGAAUUGCAUCAAGAGAAGGAGAGGAGGUCCAGUUCUUGGAGCCGGUGUCCACAGUGGAGCACCCGAAAAUCAACGAGUGGCUGACCCUUGUGGAGAGCCAGAUGAGGGUGACCCUGGCAUCGUCGCUUUCGCAAGCGGUGCAGGACAUCAAGCAGUUCAAGGACGGAGCCAUCGACCCUCAAGCCUACAUGCUGUGGUGCGACAAGUACCAGGCGCAGAUCGUGGUGCUGGCGGCCCAGGUGCUCUGGAGCGAGGACGUGGAGGCGGCCCUGCACCAGGCCAGCGGCGCCGGCGACCAGAGGACGGGGCCCUUGGAGCGCGUUCUGCAGCAGGUGGAGACCACGCUCAACAUCCUGGCCGACUCGGUGCUCCAGGAGCAGCCCCCGCUCCGCAGGAGGAAGCUGGAGCACCUGAUCAACGAGUUUGUCCACAAGCGCACGGUGACGAGGCGCCUGAUCACCCGCAAGAUCACCAGCCCCAAGGCGUUUGAGUGGCUGUGCGAGAUGCGCUUCUACUUCGACCCGCGCCAGGCGGAGGUCCUGCAGCAGCUCACCAUCCACAUGGCCAACGCCAAGUUCCUGUACGGGUUCGAGUACCUGGGCGUGCAGGACCGGCUGGUCCAGACGCCGCUCACCGACCGGUGCUACCUCACCAUGACCCAGGCGCUGGAGGCCCGCCUGGGGGGAUCCCCGUUCGGCCCUGCCGGAACCGGUAAAACUGAGUCCGUGAAGGCGCUGGGACACCAACUGGGACGUUUCGUGUUGGUCUUCAACUGCGACGAAACAUUCGACUUCCAAGCCAUGGGGCGGAUCUUUGUGGGGCUGUGCCAAGUCGGAGCUUGGGGUUGUUUCGACGAGUUCAACCGCUUGGAGGAGAGGAUGCUGUCCGCAGUUUCGCAGCAAGUGCAGACCAUUCAGGAAGCUCUCAAAUCUCAGCAAGAUGGCAAGAAGGAAGGGAGUAUAACUGUCGAACUGGUCAACAAACAAGUCCGUGUGUCGACCGACAUGGCCAUUUUCAUCACGAUGAACCCAGGGUACGCUGGCCGUUCCAAUCUCCCCGACAACUUGAAGAAGCUGUUCAGGUCGCUGGCUAUGACGACGCCGGACCGCCAGCUCAUCGCGGAGGUCAUGCUGUUCUCGCAAGGUUUCCGCACUGCCGAGAAAUUGGCCUGCAAAAUCGUGCCGUUCUUCAAGUUGUGCGACGAACAGCUGUCGAACCAGUCUCACUACGACUUCGGCCUGCGUGCCCUCAAGUCGGUGCUCGUGUCAGCCGGUAACGUGAAGCGGGAUCGCAUCAUGAGGAUAAAGGAGAACAUGAAGCAGCGAGGCGACACCAACAUCGACGAAGCCUCGAUUGCAGAGAACCUUCCGGAACAAGAGAUCCUGAUUCAGUCAGUCUGCGAGACAAUGGUGCCAAAAUUGGUUGCAGAGGACAUACCUCUUUUGUUCUCUCUGCUGUCGGACGUGUUCCCCAACGUGAGCUACACAAGGGCUGAGAUGGAAGGUUUGAAAGACCAGAUUCGUAAAGUGUGUCAAGAGGAGUACUUUGUGUGCGGAGAGGGUGAAGAACAGGGUGGUGCAUGGAUGGAGAAGGUCUUGCAGUUAUACCAGAUAUGCAACCUGAAUCAUGGUCUGAUGAUGGUUGGCCCCAGUGGGUCGGGCAAGACGACCGCCUGGAAGGUUUUGCUGAAAGCACUCGAACGAUUUGAAGGAAUCGAAGGGGUUGCUCACGUGAUAGAUCCCAAGGCCAUUUCAAAGGAGGCACUGUACGGUGUGUUGGAUCCGAACACAAGAGAGUGGACAGAUGGACUAUUCACUCACAUUUUAAGGAAGAUCAUUGACAACGUACGAGGGGAAAUCAACAAAAGGCAGUGGAUCAUAUUCGACGGCGAUGUGGAUCCAGAGUGGGUUGAAAAUCUCAACUCCGUUCUGGACGACAACAAGCUCCUCACCUUGCCCAACGGAGAACGUUUGUCGUUGCCCCCCAAUGUUAGGGUUAUGUUUGAGGUGCAAGAUCUGAAGUACGCUACCUUAGCCACAGUUUCACGAUGUGGCAUGGUGUGGUUUUCGGAAGACGUACUGUCGACCGAAAUGAUAUUCGAGAACUACAUGUUCCGGCUGCGCCACAUUCCUUUGGAGGAAUCAGACGAGGACUCUGGCUUCGGGAAGAAAGCGGACAAAGAGGACAUCUUGUCUCCAGCGUUGCAAGUACAGAACGAGGUAGCUAGUAUCCUGCAGCCGUACUUCGCUCCGGACGGACUGGUAGUAAGGUGUUUGGAGUUCUCUAUGAAGCAGGAACACAUCAUGGACUUCACGCGCUUGCGCGCGCUCAGUUCUUUGUUUUCGAUGCUGAACCAAGUGGUCAGGAAUGUGCUGCUGUACAAUCACGCCCAUUUGGACUUCCCACUUCCGGGAGAGCAGUUGGAGCGCAACAUCCCGAAGUGUUUGGUGUAUGCACUGCUGUGGAGCUUUGCCGGCGACGCCAAGCUGAAAGUCCGUUCAGAUCUGGGCGACUUUAUUCGCUCCGUCACCACUGUCCCCCUGCCUCCUUCCAACAACAUGCCUAUUAUCGACUACGAGGUUACAAUUCAGGGUGAAUGGUGCCCUUGGUCCAACAAAGUUCCUCAGAUCGAAGUGGAAACACACAAGGUGGCUGCCCCUGACAUUGUUGUCCCGACGCUGGACACUGUUCGUCAUGAAUCACUUCUCUACACCUGGCUUGCGGAGCACAAACCCCUGGUGCUCUGCGGACCCCCGGGCUCCGGCAAGACGAUGACUCUGUUCUCGGCUCUCCGAGCUCUGCCGGACAUGGAGGUGGUCGGCCUCAACUUCUCCUCCGCCACAACGCCCGAGCUCCUGCUCAAGACCUUCGACCACUACUGCGAGUAUCGCAAGACCCCGAACGGAGUCGUCUUGUCGCCGGUUCAGCUGGGGAAAUGGCUGAUACUCUUCUGCGACGAGAUAAACUUGCCGGACAUGGACCAGUACGGGACGCAGCGGGUGAUCUCGUUCCUGCGGCAGCUGGUGGAGAACCGCGGCUUCUACCGGGCGUCGGACCAGGCGUGGGUGUCCCUCGAGAGGAUACAGUUUGUGGGCGCGUGCAACCCUCCCACGGACCCCGGCCGGAAGCCCCUGUCGCACAGGUUCCUGCGGCACGUGCCGGUCAUCUACGUCGACUACCCCGGGGAGACGUCGCUGAAGCAGAUCUAUGGUACGUUCAGUCGUGCCAUGUUGCGCUUGAUUCCUCCACUGCGAGGGUAUGCGGAACCUUUGACCAACGCCAUGGUAGAAUUUUACUUGGCUUCCCAAGAGCGCUUUACUCAAGACAUGCAGCCGCAUUACGUCUACUCUCCUCGAGAGAUGACUCGAUGGGUGCGUGGCAUCUGUGAAGCUAUCAGGCCUCUGGACGCGCUGCCAGUGGAAGGCCUGGUACGCCUGUGGGCGCACGAAGCGCUGCGCCUGUUCCAAGACCGGCUGGUGGAGGACUCGGAGAGGCGCUGGACCAACGACAACAUCGACGUGGUGGCCCUGAAGCACUUCCCCGGCGUCGACCGGGAGCAGGCCCUGAGCCGCCCCGUCCUGUACAGCAACUGGCUGUCCAAGAACUACGUUCCCGUCAACCGGGAGGAGCUGAGGGAGUACGUGAAAGCCAGGCUGAAGGUUUUCUACGAAGAGGAACUAGAUGUUCCGCUUGUGUUGUUCGAUGAAGUCCUGGACCACGUGCUCAGGAUCGAUCGUAUCUUCAGGCAGCCUCAAGGACAUCUGCUUCUCAUCGGUGUGUCUGGUGCGGGGAAAACUACUCUGUCACGCUUCGUUGCGUGGAUGAAUGGUCUCUCCAUUUUCCAGAUCAAGGUGCACAACAAGUACACAGGAGAAGACUUUGAUGAAGACCUACGUGCAGUGUUGAGGCGUGCGGGCUGUAAAGAUGAGAAAAUUGCUUUCAUUUUGGAUGAGUCCAAUGUGCUGGAUUCUGGUUUCUUGGAAAGAAUGAACACGCUUCUGGCCAACGGUGAAGUCCCCGGAUUGUUUGAAGGCGACGAGUACACGACGCUGAUGACCCAGUGCAAGGAAGGGGCCCAGCGGGAAGGUCUGAUGCUGGACUCCAACGAGGAGCUGUACAAGUGGUUCACGGGCCAGGUCAUGAAGAACCUCCACGUCGUGUUCACCAUGAACCCCUCGUCGGAGGGGCUGAAGGACAGGGCGGCCACGUCCCCGGCGCUCUUCAACAGAUGCGUCCUCAACUGGUUCGGAGACUGGUCGGACGGCGCUCUCUUCCAGGUGGGUCGCGAGUUCACGAGCCGCGUGGACCUGGACAGGCAGUCGUGGAAGAGCCCUGACUUCUUCCCGGCUCCCUGCAGCGCUCUCCCGACCACGCCGACGCACAGGGACGCCGUGAUCAACGCCUGCGUCUAUGUCCACCAGACCUUGCACCAGGCAAACGCCCGCCUCGCCAAGCGGGGCGGUCGCACCAUGUUCAUCACGCCCAGGCAUUACCUGGACUUCAUCAAUCACUUUGUGAAGCUGUACACUGAGAAGCGCUCGGACCUGGAGGAACAGCAGCUUCACCUGAACGUCGGCCUGAACAAGAUAGCCGAGACGGUCGAGCAGGUCGAGGAGAUGCAGAAAUCCCUCGCCGUGAAGUCCCAGGAGCUGCAGGCCAAGAACGAGGCGGCCAACGCGAAGCUGCGGCAGAUGGUGAAGGACCAGCAGGAGGCGGAGAAGAAGAAGGUGCAGAGCCAGGAGAUCCAGGCCGAGCUGGAGGUGCAGACGGUGAAGAUCGGCCAGAAGCAGGAGUUCGUGAUGGCGGACCUGGCCCAGGUGGAGCCGGCAGUCAUCGACGCCCAGCAGGCUGUGAAAUCGAUAAAAAAACAACACCUUGUGGAAGUACGCUCCAUGGCAAAUCCGCCGCAGCUUGUGAAAGUUGCUUUGGAAUCAAUCUGCUUGCUUCUCGGUGAAAACGCUGCCGAUUGGAAGUCAAUCCGUGCUGUCAUUAUGAGGGACAACUUUAUCAGUUCCAUUGUCUCUAAUUUCAAUACUGAGUUUAUAACUGAUGACGUUCGUGAAAAAAUGAGAUCAAAAUAUUUGAGCAACCCAGACUACAACUUUGAGAAAGUGAAUCGAGCCAGCAUGGCUUGUGGACCAAUGGUUAAAUGGGCGAUAGCACAGAUCAACUACGCGGACAUGCUGAAGCGGGUGGAGCCCCUCCGGGACGAGCUCAAGUCCCUGGAGGUGCAGGCGGAGGAGAACAAGAAGCGGGGGGAGGACGUGACGGAGCUGAUCACGCAGCUGGAGCAGAGCAUCGCCGCCUACAAGGAGGAGUACGCCCAGCUCAUCUCGCAGGCCCAGGCCAUCAAGACUGACCUGGAGAACGUUCAGGCCAAGGUUGAUCGGUCCAUUGCGCUCUUGAAAUCGCUGGGGAUUGAACGCGAUCGUUGGGAAGCGACCAGCGAGACAUUCCGCUCGCAGAUGUCUACGAUCAUUGGCGAUGUUUUGUUGUCUUCAGCGUUCCUUGCCUACGCAGGAUAUUUUGAUCAACAUUAUCGCCAGAAUCUGUUCGCCAUGUGGUGUAGCCACCUGCAGCAAGCUGGUCUCCAUUUCCGCCCAGACAUUGCCCGCACCGAGUACCUCUCAAACCCAGACGAACGUUUGCGUUGGCAGGCCAACGCACUUCCAUCUGACGAUCUGUGCACUGAGAAUGCUAUUAUGCUUAAGCGCUUCAACAGAUAUCCUCUAAUCAUCGACCCCUCGGGACAAGCCACGGAGUUCAUUUUGAACGAAUUCAAAGACAAGAAGAUAACCAAAACAAGUUUCCUGGAUGACUCGUUCCGAAAGAACUUGGAGUCAGCACUGCGCUUUGGAAAUCCACUUUUGGUCCAGGAUGUGGAGAACUACGACCCCAUUCUGAACCCCGUGCUGAACAGAGAGUUGCGUCGCACCGGCGGCAGGGUGCUGAUCACCCUGGGGGAUCAGGACAUAGAUCUCUCGCCUUCCUUCGUGAUAUUCCUGUCGACCCGGGACCCCACGGUGGAGUUCCCGCCCGACAUCUGCUCCCGGGUGACCUUCGUCAACUUCACCGUCACGCGCAGCUCCCUGCAGAGCCAGUGCCUCAACCAGGUGCUCAAGGCGGAGAGGCCGGACAUCGACGAGAAACGAUCCGACUUGUUGAAACUGCAAGGUGAAUUCCACUUAAGGCUGAGACAGUUGGAAAAGUCCCUUUUGCAGGCAUUGAAUGAUGCUAAAGGCAAAAUUUUGGAUGACGACAGUGUUAUAACCACUCUGGAAACUUUGAAACACGAAGCUGCUGACAUCAGCAAAAAAGUGGAAGAGACUGACAAGGUCAUAAGAGAAAUCGAAACAGUUUCCCAGCAGUACAUGCCUUUGUCACAGGCAUGCAGCAACAUAUACUUCACCACAGACAGUUUGAACCAGAUUCAUUUUCUGUACCAAUACUCUCUCAAGUUUUUCCUGGACAUCUUCAGCUUUGUUCUGCACAGCAACCCCAAGUUGAACAACGUAACUGACUACAACACCAGACUCUCUCUAAUUACAAGGGAUUUGUUUGGGGUGUGCUACGAGCGAGUGGCCCGCGGGAUGCUCCACACGGACCGCCUGACGCUGGCGCUGCUGCUGUGCCGGAUCCACCUGAAGGGCGUCCCGGGCGAGCCCAGCCUGGACCAGGAGUUCACCUUCUUCCUGCGGGGCAAGGAGGGCAUGCUGGCUUCCAGGCCCCCCAGCAUCGAGGGGCUCGGCCUGGAGCAGCUGGAGGCUCUCUUCAGGCUCUCCACCAAGUUGCCAGCUUUCCGGUCGCUGGCCCAGCACAUCCAGAAGAUGCAGGAGUUCGGGGCGUGGCUGCAGCAGGGGACCCCGGAGCAGUGCGUGCCCAGGCUGUGGGACGAGGAGAAGCAGCUCAGCGCGAUCGGCACCGCCAUGUACCAGCUGCUGGUCAUACAGGCGUUCCGGCCGGACCGAGUGAUCGCGGCGGGCCAGCUGCUGGUGGCCGCGGUGCUGGGAGACGACUUCAUGCCGUCGGCGGAGAAGGAGCUGGACCUGGCCGGCAGCGUGGAGACGGAGCUGAGGGCGGGCGUGCCGGCGCUGCUGUGCUCCGUUCCCGGCUUCGACGCCUCGGGCCGGGUGGACGACCUGGCGGCGGAGCUGGGCAAGCCCAUCGUGGCCAUCGCCAUCGGCUCCGCGGAGGGCUUCAACCAGGCCGAGCGGGCCAUCAACCACGCCGUCAAGUCGGGCAGGUGGGUGAUGCUGAAGAACGUGCACCUCGCGCCGCAGUGGCUGGUCCAGCUGGAGAAGAAGCUGCACAGCCUCCAGCCCCACGCGGCCUUCCGCCUCUUCCUCACCAUGGAGAUCAACCCCAAGGUCCCGGUCAACCUGCUCCGGGCCGGGCGGAUAUUCGUGUUCGAGCCUCCGCCCGGCAUCAGGGCCAACCUGCUCCGGACGUUCAGCACGGUGCCGGCCUCGCGCAUGAUGAAGGCCCCCACGGAGCGAGCCAGGCUGUACUUCCUCCUCGCCUGGUUCCACGCCAUCGUGCAGGAGAGGCUGCGCUACGUGCCCCUGGGCUGGGCCAAGUACUACGAGUUUAACGAGUCCGACCUGCGGGUGGCCUGCGACACUCUGGACACCUGGAUCGAGGCCACUGCCAUGGGACGCACGAACCUUCCCCCCGAGAAGGUGCCCUGGGAUGCCCUGGUGACGCUGCUGUCGCAGUGCAUCUACGGCGGGAAGAUCGACAACGACUUCGACCAGCGGCUGCUCAGGUCCUUCCUCGGCAAGCUGUUCACGCCGCGCAGCUUCGAGGCGGACUUUGCGCUGGUGGCCAACGUGGACGGCGGCGGCCAGAGGCACAUCACGAUGCCGGACGGCAACCGCCGGGACCACUUCCUGCACUGGAUCGAGUCGCUGGCCGACAGGCAGGCCCCGUCGUGGCUCGGCCUGCCCAACAACGCGGAGAAGGUCCUGCUCACGACGAGAGGAACUGACCUCGUGAGCAAGCUACUGAAGAUGCAGCAACUUGAAGACGACGACGAGCUGGCUUACGCGGUGGACGAAGGAGUCGACAAGCCGUGUGAAGAACAGAGAGACGGCCGUCCAUCGUGGAUGAAGACGCUGAACAAUUCCGCAUCAACUUGGUUGCAGUUACUGCCAAAAUCACUGCAGACCUUACGGCGGACAGUGGAGAACAUCAAAGACCCGCUGUACCGCUACUUCGAGAGGGAAGUGAACUCUGGAGCCAAGCUGCUUCAAGAUGUCAUUCAUGAUCUGGAAGAUGUGGUCCUAAUUUGUCGGGGCGAGAAGAAGCAGACGAACUACCACCGCAACAUGCUGAGCGACCUGGUGAAGGGGAUCCUGCCGACGAGCUGGACGCGGUACACCGUGCCCAGAGGCUGCACGGUCAUCCAGUGGAUCACGGACUUCAGCCAACGCGUCAGGCAGCUGCAGGAGGUGUCGCUGCUGGUGUCGCAAGGCGGCGCCAAGGAGCUCAAGACCUUGCACGUGUGGCUGGGCGGGCUGCUGAACCCGGAGGCCUACAUCACGGCCACGCGGCAGUGCAUCGCGCAGGCCAACAGCUGGUCGCUCGAGGAGCUGGUGCUGGACGUCACCAUCACCGACGGCAGCGACAGCAACGACAGCAGGCCGGCCCUGGACGACUGCAGCUUCGGCGUUGUCGGCCUCAAGCUGCAAGGUGCCCAGUGUCGCAACAACCAACUUCUGCUGACAUCGACCAUAAUGAUGGAUCUACCUGUGACGUACUUGCGCUGGAUGAGAUUGGGAAGCGGCGCGGAAGCUUUGCGCAGCGGGAAGCUCUCGCUGCCCGUGUACUUGAACUCCACUCGCACGGAACUGCUGUUCACGGUGGACCUGAACAUAGCGCCCGGUCAGGAGCCCCACAGCUUCUACGAACGAGGGGUUGCCGUUCUCACGUCGACGGCACUCAACUAAUCUGCACUUGCCUAGACCUGCUCAGUUUGCUGUGCCCACCCCCAAAUAUCUGUAACUAUUUUCCAAUGUAUAUGGUGUUUACUGUUACAUUUUGAUUGAAACACGUCUUAAAAAUCAUUUUAAUCUGAUGUAAUAAUUUGUAAUUGUGAAAUAAAGUAGUUAAAUUACUGAAAUAUUAA